AUGCUACGGCAUCUUUUCGCCAUCGUCCUUCCCCUUCUGCUUUGGCUUCAAUGGUCCAGUGUCGCCCUGGCCGCACCGCCGCGAGUCCUGCCUCUCGACCCAGCUCGGGUAGAGGCCAAGGAUUUAACCGUUUCACUAUUCCGCCGCCCCGACUAUAGCACCUUUGCCAAGGCAGUCGAAGAGAAGGAUCUAAAAUAUUUCCACUGGACGGUUGAUGCUAGCCCAAAGGGUACUAAGGGUCAGUUUGUAGAUUCUUUCGAUGCCUCCAACGGGUUUGAAAUUCGAAUAGGCCCGAAAGGGUCCUUUGAAUGGAAUCGUCCCAAGCCGGGAGAGGCCCCGGGCUUCAAGUUUCAGUACAAGUACAACGUCCAGCCCAGCAAAUCUGUCACUCUCCAGGCGAGAAUUCACAUCGGAGAGGCGCAGGUGUCGACAAACCAAGUCAAGGAUAUGCUCCAAGACGUUAAAAUACCCUGUUCCGCUGGAGAGAGUUGUGCCGACUGGGUGCAAUCAGCGAUACGCCGUCUGCAAAGCAACAAGUUGGUACCAGAGUUUGACGUGUCGUCAUUCUCCGCCAAGGCUCUCGACUACGGUUUCGAGAGAUGCAGGCUGGUGCAGGAUCCAGAAUUGCCGAUACAGCAAGUUGAGCAAGAAAAUGCGGCCAUUGCCGAGUUUGGCAGCGAUGGAGUCAUUAAAAAGCCACUGCCGCCUCCCGCAGCUCCUACCACUGGGAAGGACGGGCGUCCGAAACGGCCCGGGAAUACACCAAAGAACUGCGUCAUUUCGCGCAGAGACGGCUCAGUCUGUGUGAACGAAGACGGGAGCAUCGCGGAUCCCGAGGCCAAUGAGGUGGUGAAUCCGCGGCCCACAACCCCUGAAGAGCCCAACCUGGCCAAAGAAGCCUUGCCAAAAGAAGAUGUCCUUGCGCCCGAAGAGCUGGUGCAGUUGGCAGAUAAAAUCGCGGAAUCCGAAUUCGCGAGCCUCAUGUCUAGGUUUGGCGUAAGUGACCUGCUUAAGAAUGGCAAGCAGUCAUUUUCAGAGCUACGUGCACAGUUUAAAGGCUAUUCGCCUCUCAAGGACAAGUCAUGGGCGGCGAAGAGGGUAUCAGGCGCCAAGGGUGCCAAGGGCGCGAUUGCGCUGACGCUUGUUACACUGCCCCUUUAUUUCAAAGACGUAUUCGACGUCUUCACAAGCGAAUCAAGUACCUUAGAGAAGGUUGCGGCAGGGACGUCGAUUCUCCCUGUGGUGGGCUGCGCCACCAAGGCCGCGGCCGACGACGAGAAUGGGGAAGUCGGAGUGGCCAGCACUAGCCUAUGUUUUGUCGGUGAAACCCUCCUCUUUACGCCGUUGGCGCCGGUCGGGUUACUAUUGCGAUCGAUCGGAUCUGUUGUUGAGUUUCACGAGAAACAAGACCCGCAGAACCUACAAAGCCGUCGGGACACGGCGUGGGACAAACACUACCGGAAUAUUACCAACUAUCUCAAGUCGGACCAGUUUUCAUCUUUAUUGAGCGAUCGAUACGGAACAGAAGUGGCGGCCAUUUUAUCCGCAGCCUCUGACGCCAGAGGCAGGAUCAUAACAGCCAAGUCCCUCGUACAUUCUGUCAACGGCAGUAGCCCUUUACCAGACAGCCAGGAUAAAGGCAAGGUCGAUAGAGACAUUCCUACCCAGUUGGACAAGAUCGACGCAGCGAUAUGUUCCCAAGUUGCGGAUAUCAAGACUCGCUUUAUCAAGAAAUUCCCGGGUCUCACCGUGAAGUGGGUACGCGAUGAAGCCAACGACUAUAAUAAGCAGUUCAUCGACGGGUAUGAACGUGGGAUGAAGACCAUUAUAGAUAACUGGGUCAGACUCUACAACGCACGCGGCGGCAAGUAUUUGCCUCCUGCCGACGUUAUCGAAAAGGAACGUAGCGAUUUUCAAGCAGAAGUUGGUUCUAAUACGGACUAUCUUGAGAAGAAUAGCCCGCUGCGCCAGCCCGACGAGGAUAGCAUUCUGCAAAUGGUUGAGAUGAACGCCUCGCUUCUCAAACUACCUGCUCCGUGCAUAACGCUGUCCGGCGCAGGAGUCGGGGUCGGGGUCGGAGCCGGGGCCGGGGCCGGCGUAGACGUCGGCGUCAAUAGACACCGGAGGCCAUCAUCAGGGCGAAAGCCACUGCGCGUGCUAGCCUUUGGGAUACUCAAAGCAUGA